UAUCUAAUAGACAGGGAAAAACAGACACCCAACCGACUUUUCAGACAUUUGAAUUCCCCCCAGAGACUCUAAUAGCUACUAGUAUACAUAUACAAAUACACAGUUUACUCCUAAAUAUAUAAAACUAUAUACCUGGGAAUUCAUGCCAAAUGUUUAACAUGUAUAACUUUCUGUAGAGAAAUCAUUUCUGCAAGAGGUUUCAGGGUCAUCAGAAGGAAUGCUUUCAGAUGGAGCUGACUUCGAAAGAGCGAAUUGUUCAGUUUACAGGUUUCAGGGAUACGGAGAGAGAAGAAUUGAUUAAACUGACCUGCAAGCUGCCCUGUAUAUCUAUUGAUUCUGAGAAGUUUGAAAACUGUACACAUCUAAUUGCAAAAAGACCUUGUAGAAGUGAGAAGUGGCUUGCAGCCUGUGCAGCUGGAAAGUGGGUACUGACUAAAGAGUACGUAAUUAACAGUGCAGAAAGCGGCAGAUGGCUUGAUGAAACGACUUUCGAAUGGGGAUAUAAAAUGGAAAGAGACGCCCAUUAUUCACCUCAAAUGCAAUCUGCACCAAAAAGAUGGCGCGAACACCUGACACACACUGGUGCUCUGGGGGCCUUCAGCAGAUGGAAAGUGACCCUUCUCAUUGAAAGAACUGAUAAAGAAAGGGAGGCUUUUUUAAGAGUUCUUACAGCUGGACAUGCAGUGUUGUACAAUCCAAAAAAUUCUGAUGAAGAAAUAACACAUGUUUUCACGAACAAUAAAUUACUUUUGCAAGACAGAGAAAGAAGAGGCUGUAACACUCCAUAUUACUCGGUGCUGUGUCUUGGAAGAUAUCUUUUAGAGGACCCAAUUGAAGACACACCAUUCAAUAUGACUGAUGAGCAGAUUGUGGACUUAAAGUCUUCCAUAUGGAGACACUUUUGUGCGGCACAGGCCUGCUACCACAGGUGUAGAGAGAAGCAUGAUGGGCGAUAUGACAAGUGUAAGGUGAAAAGUGCUGAAAUUGGCCGGGCGAGUUUGAACAGAAUUGAGGAAUUGAUUGAAGGACAAUUCUUCACCGAAGCAUUCUGGGAGAUUGAGCACUUUAUUUCCUCUGUCUUUCCUCAGCAGUUUUUUGUCUUGCUGCUAAAGCACUUCAUGCAGGGAAAUGUAGACAUCAACCAUUUUGGUCAAGUUUUUGGUAUAUUUUACAACUUUCUGAAUUAUCACCCUCCAUGGGAAUCUACUUAUAUGUCGCAGUACUACCUCAAUGUUCUGCAGUGCCCUGUUUGCAGGAAAGGACCAUGGUCCUUCAUCGAAACUGUAAUACGGUGUUUUAUUGAUGAUGGAUUUUGCUUAUGCCAUGAAAGCUCUGAUCUGCAAGUUGAUGCUAAUAAAAGGAGAAAAAUCGUCGCCACAGUCCUGAAAUUUGUGACAAAUGUGAUGCAAGAAGAAGCCAGCGCAUUGAGCAGAAGACUUUGUGAUAAUGCAGAUUUUUCAAACAAAACUUUGCUUCCAUCCUUUAUUGUCGGACUCUUUUGGCCAGAAACCAGGACUAUGGUAUUUUUAACCAAGAAUAUGAGUAUAUUGACAGAUCUGGUAAUAAUGUGUCAAAGGAAGAGAGAUCACACAGAUAGUGCAUUGUCACAAGAGAUGGCAGCAUAUUUGCAUGGGAUGCUUGCUGCUGCUGUGGAAUAUUGGAUACUCCUUGGCUUCUAUCUAAAUAAAAAUUUGCUACAUCAGGUGGCCGGAGAUUAUGUAUUUUACAUCUGUGUUUCAUGUGCAGAAUUUUCAAUGGAAGAGAAAAAACAUUUUGUUUCUUCUAUUGCCUCUAAUUGGCUUCAGAUGUUGGUCGCAGAGGUGAUUUUUAAGAACCUUUACAUUGAAAACAAUGUAAAAUUGUCUUCUGACCCAUUAUCUUUACAGAAACUGAUCUACACAUACAUCCCAGCUAUAUGGAAAGCGGGAGCAUGUGGCAAGGAGGAAGUCCAGAAACUCGGAGCAAAAAGGAAAAUAGGGCAGCGGCCUAGCCUGGAGUCUCAAAGGGCUUUACUGAUGCUAAAUGGUGAAAAUCAAAACCAAGGCGAUGUGCUGCUUGAUCUACCAGUCACCUCAAAGUUAAGGAGUAAAGCCGGAGGAGGGUCAGCCUGCAGUAAGGAGAUCAUGUUGCGGCAUAUUAGUAGACAACCAUUCAGAUGCCAGAAUAGUGCGGGAGAGUCUGUCCUGCAUGCAGCUUGCCGAAAUAACAGCGUCAAAAAACUGAGGCUGAACCUUCAUGGGACUGACGUUAACGUUAAAGACAAUGCUGGCUGGACGCCUUUGCAUGAAGCCUGUAACCAUGGCAGCACAGAAUGUGUCCGUGAAAUUCUGCAGCGCUGCCCAGAAGUAGACCUGCUCAGUCAUGUGGACGGUGUGACACCCUUACAUGAUGCUCUACAAAACGGACACACUGAAAUUGGCAAAAUGCUACUACAACAUGGGGGACCAGUGCUUUUAGAGCAAAAAGAUUCUGCUGGGAAAUUUCCACUGGAUCAUGUAUCUUCUCCACAGUUGAAAAAGGAACUAUUUCAGAUUGUCCAUGUGAAAGAAACCAUUGAGGAGUUUCACAAACAUGCGGCUCAGGUGUCCGAUGGCCAUAAAGUAGAAUUUGCUGCAUUUCUUCUGUCCAGAAUGUUGAUAAGUUUUAUUUCUCUAUAUGGUUUGCCUUCAGAUGCGCUUACUGCCAAAACACUUUGUCCAAAUGCUGCUCUUUUAGCUAAGCAUGCUAUAAAGACACCAGCUUCUUUCAGGAAUUCAAUAGUGGAAUCGUACAUUGAUGCCGUAGCAGUAAUGCAUGAUCUCAGUGACUUUUUGCCAACAAUUCCAAAGUCCUUUCUCCGCAGCCCUGGAUUCAAUAUGCAGGUUCUACUCUCAGUCCUUCAUACCCUGGCCUCUUCCUCACUACUUCCUACACAGAAGGAAUAGGACCAUUUAUUAAGGGCACUCAUCAGUGAGCCGCACAAUCAGUGUUUAAGGACUUAGCGUUUUUUUAUUAUCUGGACAUGACCAUCAUAGUGUUCCACUCACAGAGUGAUGCCAGUUUUUCCCUUACACUGUUUCUUUAUGACAACUGAACAGUUGAUCACUUUUUUAAGUUUUUUUUUUUUCUGGUUGUUUUUGGGAUCUGUUAAGCUAAAUAUUUAUUUUACAACACUAUUCUGCUAUCAUGGAACAUUUUAAGGUGUAUCUGGCAGGUUGUGACAGUACAAAUGCCUGUACGGUAAUCCCAAUGUAAGUGUAAGUCUGUAGCCUGGUGGACAACGUUUAAGCCUGGUUCUUAAACCAUUGCAGCAAUUACACAAGUCUGAAGACUACAGUGAGAUCCAAUAAGUUUUGCUGAGAGGGAGGGCACCAGGCUACCUGUGAGAGAGAGGGCAGCAGGCUACCAGUGAGAGGGAGGGCGGUAGGCUACCGGUGAGAGGGAGGGCAACAGGCUACCGGUGAGAGGGAGGGCGGCAGGCUACCGGUGAGAGGUAGGGCACUAGGCUACCGGUGAGAGGGAGGGCAGCAGGCUACCGGUGAGAGGGAGGGCAGCAGGCUACCUGUAAAAGGGAGGGCAGCCUACCGGUGAGAAGGUGGAUGUCAGGCUACCUGUGAACCAAAGGCAGAAAAAGAUAUAAAAUACAAAAGAGACAAUGUAGGAUACAUAGUAAAGUAAAUGUGCCUAAGAAAAGCAAGGUCCAGGAGUGGGAUUAAGCCAAAACACCAGUGGGCUUGCCAAAGUCACAGGGAUGUACCAAAGCUCAUACAUUUACAAUAACAUCUCUAGAUUUCUUACAGUAAAACUCCUGUUUACGGAGUCCGUAGAGGGCUAUUGACCUUUUAUUUGAUACACACGUUUGUUGCACCGCUGUUUUCACCAUCAGUGUUUGUAUGUUUGUUUUCGAUUGAAGUGUUAUAUGAUUGACAGCAUUUUUAUAAUAUUGUUAAGUAGUGUUUGAUAUAUUAAUAUUGCAGACUGUUUCUGCAGGUAGCAGUGAAGCACAAAGCUGUGAAAUUUAUAUUAUUACCUUGUAAAUUCUACACUUGGUAAAAAGCAGGAGCUUUUCUCUGUAUGUAUAAGCUGAAAGAAUUAUUGAAUGUAUUUUUCCAAGCAUCAGCACUUAGAGGGCUGGGUAGUAGUACUUUACUAAAUCAUUACACAUUGCACACCUCACAGGGGACAUAAUCAGUAGAAAUUAUGUUUCAAUGAUUGUAUGUUAUAUGCAGUCACUCAUCCACCUGUAGGAGAUUCAGCUUACAAUACGCUGAUGUGCCUGGAUGCUAGAAUAAGUGAUUUAUACACAUUUGUAACUUUUGCCGUUUCCAGUUAAGUACAUGCAAUACUGUCUAAUUAAUCACAAACUUCUCUAAUGAGACUAAUCAAAAAGUUGUCCAUGUUUUGGAAUUGUUUGUUAUAUUAUUUAGUGAAAGUGAUAAGCGUAACAAUACUUUAGCAUCAGUGUUCCUAUUAGUAUUUCCGUUUCCUUCUCCAUUUGUAGUUUUCUUACGUACGACAUAUGAAUGUCUAAAGUCUUGGAUAGCAGAAGAACCUACAAAGAAAUAGGGUUGAUUACAUGGCACAUUGUAUAUCAUUCAUAAAUGCUGCAGCCUUAAAUAUUGCUUAAGUCUAUGCCGCAAUGAUUAAACUGAUUUUCAGUUUUCCAGAUUGCAGUGAUUCAUAAAAAGCUGCGUCUCCUGCCCAGUGACGGCACCCAAUUACUGCUAGUAAAACACAUUUGGGUUUUAGAUCUUGAAAGCCUUAGUAUGUUCUGCAAUACUUCCACAACAGAAGCCCACUCGAGCAUCUGUGCAGCAGAAUGUCUGAGAGGAUGGCUGGAUUGUUCGUGAUGAGCAGGAUGUCUGACACAGAUCCUUCUGAGAAAAGAGUUUCCUGUGAACGACUGACAGUGGAGUCAUCUGAAUGUCAUAAUACUCUGCAACAGCUUACAUGUGCUAACUCAUCUAGGAUUUCCCUGGAAUCUCAUCCUGGACCAACAGAUGAUGGAAAUCUGUGGUCCCACAGUGUAAUAUAUGCAAAACAUAAUGUCCCAUGAUUUAAGGCAGUUCUCAACCUGACUGCAUAAAGCAACCUUGUGCUGGAUAUGAGCAUAGGGAAGCAUUGGUGCUUUUGCAGUGCGUUGAAGAACCAGAGCAGGUUCCUGCUGGCUCGGUGAUGGCACAUGUCUGUUAUUUUGAGCAUUUGCUCCCAGUUCAGGUUAACUUGGAUUUGGCAUUUUGCCCCAUAUAAAUGUGGCUUAGACAGUAUUACCUAGGCCACAUUCCCAGGGAGCCAUUUGUCACAUUGAAACAGCAAAGGGAGCUAAGAUAGCAAUAGCCUGCAAUGAUUACAGCUGGCGGCAACCUGACCAGGCCCCAAUUAUUUCUUUUACUAGAUUGCGGAGGGGGCAGCAUGCUCUCCCAUAGGCAGAACACUACUCCCAUAGGCAGAACAUCAUUACUUCUUAUAUUUAGGUGCAGAACCCCUCCAAUGACAACUUAACCUUUUGUUUUUAAGGGCAAGUCACCCAAAAUAUUGUUUGAAAGUCAUAUGCUGCAUAUACUACGUCUUUUUAGUAGAAUAAAGCAUUGUGUAACAUUGCUUUUAGUGCACCAAUUGUUUGCUGAAGAAUUCAGUUGCUAUGUAUGAAGUGAAUUGUAAGACUUGUAAGUCCUGGGGGGUGCAUUUAUUAAAGUGCAGGUUUACUAAUGUUGAAGUGUUGCCAAUAGCAACCAAUCAGAUUCUGGUUCCAUUUAUUUGGUUCUAGAAAAUGAUAGCUAGAAUUUGAUUGGUUGUUAUGGGCAACACCUCCACUUUCAUAAAACCGAACUUUAUCAAAUCUCCCCCUUUGAUUUGUAACACAAACACACUUUAUGAGUAACUUGGAUAUCCAAUGUUUGUUUAUUGAACUGCCAAUUGUUUAAAAUGUUUUGGAAUGUUUAUUAAACAAUAGUCUAAUAACUUUA